GUGGGCUUCGACCUGAGCCGCGGCGAGGGGCUGUACCUGCCGCACGGGCUGGCGCGGGGCGCGCCCCUGGAGCUGCACCCGGGGCACCUGCGCGUGGUCGCCACGCCCGGCCACACGAGGGCGCACGUGAGCCUGGUGGCAACGGGGACGGCGGCGGGGACGGUGGCGGUGGCGGGAGACGCGUUCGAGCACGGCGAGGAUGAGGAGGAGUGGGAGGCGCUGAGCGAGGAGCCGGAGGCGCAGAGGAAGAGCAGGGAGGGGUUGGCGGGAGUGGCGGACGUGAUCGUGCCGGGGCACGGGGAGCCCUUCAGGGUGGUCAGGGAGUGGGGGCGGAGGCAGCAGCAGGAGGAGGAGGAGGAGGAAGGCAGCGACAGUGGCCAGGACAAGCAGAAGAAGGACAAGGAGGAGGAGGAAGAUGAAGGUGCCAACUGCUGUAAAGCACGACUGUCGUAA